AUGUGGACCGUGCACGAGGACGAGUAUAAAAGCACUGAAGUGAAAUUUUCGGGAGUUCUUCAAGGCGGGUUGAACGGUGAUGACGACAAGACGGCCAAGCCGAUAGGCGUCUAUACGAAGAGCUCGCAGGUUUUUGCGACACCUUCCAUGAAUUCUACCGAAAGCACGCCACUUAACGGGCACAAGCACAGUUCUAAUGUUUCAUGGAAGCGUACCCACACGCCUGUUAGUUUUUCCAUCCCAAACGGCCUAUUUAGUCAGCCUCAAGUCGCAAAUUCUUCUCAACCGAGUAUGAUGCGAGUUGAUGCGCCACCUUUUGAACCGUCACCAAAGAAUAUGGCCGCGACCGCCUCGUACGCCGCCUCAUCGCCAAUGGGAAAGCGGGGGGUAACACCCACACAAGUAUCGCAGACAAAUGUUCCUGAGAAUAGCAACCUACAUAUGAUCAUACCGAUGGAUGAUGUUGCAAUUAGAGAGAAAGACAGGGGUGCUGCUCACCAUAUGGAAUGGAAUGGUCAUGCCGUUAAUCCGCAUCAUUCACACGUUGCAGUGCGUGGGUAUAGCGGCAACAUCACCCCGGAGGGGUUGCGAGGUUCUGUGUAUGAGAUAGCAAAGGAUCAACAUGGAUGUCGAUUUCUUCAACGUCUAUUAGGAGGGUCAAACGGAGAUGGAGAAUUUGUCCGUAUCAUUAUGAACGAAGUUGUCCCACAUGUAGCGGAGUUGAUGAUAGAUCAAUACGCUAAUUUUCUUAUUCAAAAGCUCUUUGACAUGAUGCCUCAGGAUGUGCGUUACAAGGUGGCAUGUGUUGCUGCUCCAAAAAUUAUAUCCAUUGCGCUCACACCGCAUGGGACAUUCAGCGUGCAGAAAAUGGUUGAAACCAUUGCCUCACGUGAAGAAAUGGAUAUUCUGCGGGAGGCUUUGUCAAAGGAUGUUGUUCGAUUGGUUAAGGAUGCCCAUGGAAAUCAUGUCAUUCAAAAAGUGCUGCAACGCUUCAGUCACGCGGAUAAGGAAUUUAUUUACGCUGCGGUGGGAUCGGACUGCAUUUCCAUUGCCAAAAAUAAGCAGGGAUGUUGUGUUCUUCAGCGGUGUCUUGAGUAUGCGUCUUGUUCACAAAGGGCAACUCUAGUAAAUCAAAUACUGCGCUGCUGCUUGCAGAUUGCGGAGGAUCCUUUUGGAAACUAUGUCUUGCAAUACGUUUUGGAGUCUAACGAUAGUAAAACAACUGACACGAUUGCAAUUGCAUUUCUUCCACAUUUAGUUCAACUUUGCAUGAAUAAAUUCAGCUCCAACGUGAUAGAGAAAGUGUUACGUGGCGCAUCGCAGCCUGUCCAAGAGAUGUACGUGGAAA